AAAAGAGUUGUCAACAACAACAGGGGUCUCAAGACAAGACAACCCCAGACUGAAUAGAGAACUGCACGCGAAACUCGAGGAUAUACUACAAACUUCUACACUGAAAAGCGACGACUUUGUUUAGAUCUCUGACAACAUAGCCUACAACGUUUUUGUUUUGAGUUCUGAUAUUUAGAUCAUCCAAGAUGAAGUUUGUAAGAUAUAUAAUGAGGAAUGCUGCAAUGCUAAAUGCACCAAAGCACAUCGAUUACUACGCGAAAUUUUCUCCAUCACCGCUGUCAAUGAAGCAGUUUCUGGAUUUCGGAUCCACAAACGCGUGCGAGAAAACAUCUUUCGCUUUCCUCAGACAUGAGCUCCCCGUCAGACUAAGCAACAGUUUGAAGGAGAUCAACCUUUUACCAGAAAAACUGAUAAUGACUCAAUCCGUUCAGCUAGUUCACAGCUGGUUUAUCCAAAGCCUGAUGGAUAUCCUAGAAUUCCAAGACAAGAGUCCCGAUGACCCUAAAGUUCUUGCUGAAUUUGUGGACACUCUGGUGACCAUCAGGAAUAGGCACAAUGAUGUGGUACCCACCAUGGCUGAAGGUGUCAUCGAGUAUAGGGAUACGUUUGGGGCAGAUCCUGUGACAUGUCAAAACAUUCAGUACUUUCUGGACCGCUUUUACAUGAGCCGCAUCUCCAUUCGCAUGCUCAUCAACCAGCACACUCUGAUCUUUGAUGGCUCCACGAAUCCAGGACAUCCCAGCAGCAUCGGGUGCAUUGACUCCUGCUGCGACGUCACAAAUGUAAUCAGAGAUGCAUAUGAGUGCGCUAAAAUGCUCUGUGAGCAGUAUUACCUCGGUUCACCCGAGCUGGAGCUUAGAGAGAUAAACGCAAAGAACAAGUCACAGCCAAUCGAGAUAUCCUACAUUCCUUCUCAUCUCUACCACAUGGUUUUUGAGCUCUUCAAGAACGCAAUGAGGGCUACUAUUGAGACUCAUGAAACAAGCAGCACCUUGCCACCGAUCAAAGUCAUGGUUGCUCUAGGUGGAGAGGACCUGUCAAUCAAGAUCAGUGACCGGGGUGGUGGCGUUCCUUUCAGGAAGAUUGAUAGACUUUUUAGCUACAUGUAUUCAACAGCGCCCAGACCAACUAUUGGUGACCGUCACCGGACCCCAAUGGCUGGCUUUGGUUACGGCCUUCCCAUCUCCCGCCUGUAUGCACGCUACUUCCAAGGUGAUCUCCAGCUUUAUCCAAUGGAGGGCUAUGGUACAGAUGCUGCAAUUCAGCUGAAGGCCCUGUCUACAGAUUCAGUAGAGAAGCUUCCAGUGUUCAAUCAAACCGCCUUGCGCCAUUACAAAUUCAACCAGGAAGCUGAUGACUGGUGUGUCCCGAGCAAAGAGCCGCUGAACUUAGCUGCGUACAAGGCUGCAAAGUGAAACACCGAAGCUGGUUGCCUUAAAGUCAUGACAAACGCCUUCAAGAGAUUGGCAAGAAAGGGUGCCAUUGAGAAUGCAUUCAGGGACCAGUGACAGCAUUUCCUUUUCCAGUUUUCUUUGAGUACUGUUGUCUGGGAACAGUUAAACUGCAUGUUGAAGAAUUUAAGAUUCCAAACAGUAGAUUCCUUAGUACAAAACAAGUUAUUACUCUGGUGCCGCUGAAGUUGGUAUUUUUCAGCUAAAGCUCAGGGAUGCAGAGUCCUGUGCGAGUGUGAAAGCCUGGAGUAGCGAGAGUUGAUCAAAUGCAUGUGAACCUGAUUAAAGCAGGUGGAAAGAGCUUAAAACAGACAGACAGAAAUGUUUGUAUUACAAAGAAAUAAAUACUGAAGGCAGUAGAAAUGCAGUUGGGAUGAGAAGAUGAGAGGUCAGAAAAAGUGUAUGAAUUGUGAGAAGUGUCAAAAUAAGGAAGAUGUGGCCCAAGGUGUAUUUUUCCUCUGUAAAGAGGCUGGACAGUUUGAAAUCAUGCUUGAUGUGUGAAGUGUGAUCUACACUAUUUAAAAAAAAAAAACAUUCAUGUAAGCAUUUAUUAAUAGCACUGUACGGUUUUGUUUCAUUGCAUAAUGAAUGACCAUAAGAUGUGUAUACUUAUUGUUCACAAUAUUUAUCAUUUUUAAAA